CUACAUGGCUCACAUGAAUCGGACUGUAUGGAUGGAGAAACCGUCGAGUCAGACUCCAGACUGCGACGAUUUGAUGUUUCUCAUUUAAAAUGAAACAUGCGCGUCUGGGAGUCAGCAGGAUGAUCUCUCAGGUCUUCAUCUUGUCCUCGAAGGGCGACCACCUCAUCUAUAAAGACUUCCGCGGAGAAGCCGGAAGUGACGUCGUCAGUACUUUCUACGAGAAGGUCACAGCGCUGACCGGAGACCAGCCUCCCGUUGUCAUGAGUCACAAAGAUCUUCACUUCGUCCACGUCAGGCAGGGGGGACUGUACUGGGUCGCCACGACCACAGCCGACUCCUCACCCUUCACCGUCAUCGAGUUCCUCAACAGGUUAACAGCUCUGGUUAAAGAUUACUGUGGCAGUCUGUCAGAGAAGUCGGUGCAGAUGAACUUUGCCCUCAUCUAUGAGCUGCUGGACGAGGUUGUGGACUACGGUUACAUCCAGACGACGUCCUCCGACGUCCUGAAGAACUUCAUCCAGACUGAAGCUGUGUCCUCCAGACCAUUCAGCCUGUUUGACCUCAGCAACGUCGGCUUGUUUGGAGCGGAGACGCAGCAGAGUAAAGUGGCUCCUAGCUCUGCAGCCACCAGGCCCAUCCAGUCCAGCAGAGAGCAGGGAGUAAAGAGCGAGAUAUUUGUGGAUGUGAUUGAGAGGAUGUCGGUCGUCAUCGGCUCCAACGGAGUUCUGAUGAAGGCAGACGUCGAGGGAGAGAUCAGAGUGAAGUGCUACAUGCCGAGCUGCUCAGAGAUGCGAAUUGGUCUGAAUGAGGAGUUCAGCAUCGGCAAGUCACAGCUCAGAGGUUACGGGGCUGCCGUUCGCGUCGAUGAGUGCAGCUUCCACCAGGCGGUCCGACUGGACGAGUUCGACAGCCACCGGAUCCUCCGACUCUGUCCGAGCCAGGGAGAGCAAACAGUGAUGCAGUACCAGCUGAGUGACGAUCUGCCCUCGGCUCCUCCUUUCCGUCUCUUCCCUACCAUUGAGAGAGACAACGGAGGGAGGCUGCUGAUGUACAUGAAGCUUCGCUGUGAUCUGCCACCAAGGAGCGCCGCCAUCAACGUCUGUGCCACCAUCCCUGUUCCCAAAGGCUCUGUGAGUUUCUCGCAGGAGCUCAGCAGUCCGGAUCAGACCGCCGAGCUGAAGCCGCAGAGCAGAGCUGUUGUCUGGCAGAUCCCCCGCUUCCCCGGAGGAUCACAACUCUCUGCUCUGUUCAAGCUGGAGGUCCCCGGCCUCAGCUCCGCCUCAAUGUUGGAGGUGGGUCCGGUCGGUCUGAGCUUCGAGCUGCCAAAGAUCACCGCCACGGGGCUGCAGAUCCGCUUCCUCCGCCUGUCGCCCAUCCAGCCCGGCCCGUCGCAGCGCUGGGUCCGAUACGUCACCCACUCUGACUCCUACACCAUCCGGAUUUAACUUUUCCAGUUAUCUCUGCUUACCGCCUUAAAUCGUGAACGUGUGGCAUCAGUUUCGUGAUGAAGCAGCGAGAGAACGAUUUAUUUUAUUGACUGAUGAUACUUACGGGACGAACACUGGGGCUGAGAAGAAUGAAAUAAAAAGAAAUGAUGUACAUUUUUUUUCCAUUCAAAAUAAUUUGUAUGUGUGUGUCAGUAGUUUUAACAUCUCUUGGAUUUUAUUUUUUUAAAAUACUAUUUUCACUCAGUUGCUGUAUUCUGUUUUAAAACUGGCUUUAAUCUCUUGAAGAAAAAGAGAAGAAAUAUAAAAUAUGAA